AUGCCGAUGUUCACUGGAGGUGUCCAUAACGUGCCACAUGGUAUGCCAGACACAUCAUAUGCGUCCGAGGUUCCCAGUCAAUACAGUGGUACAAUUGCACGUUUCGACCUGCGGCAUGAUAUGGAGCAUCCUACGCAAGCAGUUUACGGGACCGCAAGCAGUGCUGAGGAGCCUUUCAUGGAUCGAAGCUACAUUACAGCCAACAACCUGCGGCACGACACCUGCGGAGGAAAUGCUCACGUGUACUCAGACUACUGCCAACCGAACAGCACGAUGCAAUUGUCGGGCUACUCAGGCAGCAUUGAACACGAUGGCCUCUACAGCAACGGUGUGGUGCCAUAUGCCGAAGAGACGAAUGGCCCCGGCACCGGCCCAGCACAGGGGAUGCAGAAUCUGUUGACAUCAUGCAAUGUGUGGCAGUCCCACGACUAG